AUCGCUGCGGUCACAGCAGGAACAUCAGACCGUGUGACGCGGGGACGGAGACAUACAAAUUCGCUCUUUGUUUCCCGGCAGAGAAUCAAACCUUCCUCCGUCGGAGGGUCCAUGGAGAGCGGAGCCUCGCUCGUGUCCGCCGGCACCAGCUCGACUUUGAUCGGAUGUCUUUCAGCUCCACGCCGCCGUUAGAUGUUGUCCAUCCAGGAUUAAUUGGUUGACCGAUGGCUCCCAAACAUGCGCUCCCUCCCAGCGGUUGUCCGGCGGCACCGAGCCUGCAUGCACGGACGAUGGCCGGCAGUUCGCCCAGGAAGGGGAAGAGGAUGCUGGGCCGGUGCUUCUUCAGCUUCGGUGCGGUGCUGAUGCUGAUCCAGUGCUGCUUGGUUGCUGAUGCUGAUCAUCAUGACUUAAUGUUUGCCUUGCCGAUGGACCCAAGUGUGACCUCUGGCCUCUCAGCCACCUUGGGGACUGGGGCCAAAGACAAAGACACAACAAAAGGUACCGACCCCAGCCAAAAGUUAGCGGAGUACAGGACGUCAGAGUGGAAUGAAUCAGAAGGUGGAGUAGCAGUUGGAAGAGACAGCAAAGUCAUGUCAGACCCUGCAACCGCGACAAGAACCAAGGCUGAAGGGAAGCUGUUGAACCCAAAGUGGAACUUAACUGCCUGGCCUGGCCAGCAGAGGUUACAGGUGGUUGGAGAGGACCAAGGAGGGCAGGCAUCCUCCUCAUCAGUCCUUACCAUGGAGGCAGAGACACUAGAACCACCAGCAGCAACAAAGCCUUUAGGACUGCUGUCGAAAGCUGCUUGGACCAAAAUCUCAUCUUCAUCAUCAUCAUCCAAAACCUCCUCCUCUUCUGGCUCUACAAAAAAAACUUUGACACCCCGAUCGACGUCUUCAUCCUCCACGCCAGCCAUUAAUGACAACAUCCAGGCAGGGAAGUCCAAAAAUGUCUCAGUAAUUGAUGUGAGCAACAGCUCCUCAGACGGCAGCAGCAACUUGACUUCAGAUGCUGUCCAGUAUACCAACGAGUCUGCAAGCAGCCUUCCAGCCUGGGAUCUCCCUACCGUUCCAGAGUCCCUCUUGUCCACCGUGGGCGACCAUGACAUCACACUUCCUGACAAUAUCACCAGCCCUUUCUCCACUCAUCAAUGGAAUACCACGGUGCCCGUACGCACCAGAACUUCCUCUCAGAUUACAACUACCACACAAACUACCACAGACACGCCGUCCACCACAGCAUACACACACUCUUUUCCAACAAACAUUAUUCCCAGUGCGAUUCCACCACUAAUGCCCACUGCUGCUCCGAGCACCGCAAGCUUGAACAGUGAGACUGACGACUCCCUGCAGGUGGUGACGCUGACAACAAUAAAACCCGCGAUGACCAAUUCUUCUGUGAGCACCUCUGCUUUGACAACGCCAGCACUGACCACAAGCAUUACUGUUACACUCUCCCCAAAUAGCACAGCUGCUGUAAACACUCAGCCAUCACCAAACCUCAAACUAACCACAGCAGCUGUAACUCAACCGGCAACCACCUCCAUUACUACUACUAGUACUAGUACUAUUAUUACUACUACUACACCUACUACUACAGCCCCUCCAACCAGUACAACCACACUUGCCCCAUCAUCCACAACCACCCCCGUUCCUAUACCUACUACUAACAAAUUUGCAACUACUACACCAGUACCCACCACCACCACCACUACUGCUGCUGCGACCAUAGCAGCUACUACAUCCAAAACGGUACCUCCUACCACCUUGUUUGUCCCCGUUCAAACUGUACCACCAGUGACUACGACCACAGAACACUCAAGCAGCACCUUUACAGAAGAAAGUCCUUUACCAUGCAACGUCACGGAGAAGUACUGGGUCAAAACCGUUCUGUCUGUUGAGAUCCGAAAGAACCGACUUGAUCUGGUCCUGAAACAGAAUCUGGCUAAAGGAUUGAGUCAUGCACUGCAGAGAGCGCUGAAUGACUCCACUGCUUAUGCACAGGUGGAACGUGAGGACUGCGGCCCAUUCAAUGUAACGCUGGGUUUCUAUGUGGCCGGUGUCAAAACUGUCUACAUUUCCUCUUAUGUUGUGGAGGCACUCAGCGUGUAUGGUUUUGAUAAGCUGCUCUCUGACAUCAGACAGCACACCACAUUGGUCAAGGCAGUUCUGGUUCCCGUGGCAGCCUGGAUGCCCACCCCGAAUAUUCAUUUCCAGCUAAAAACAGUGUUGAGGUUUGUUGGCCCGACAGACAACAUCUACUCCUGCAGUUUUGUCCAGAUGCUUGAGCAGAGACUGGAGGGCGCCUUUGAUGAGGCUCAGGACAAAGUGCUGGAGACCUACAGCAGGCUCACCGUGGAGAUCCAAAGUGUGUCCCAGGACCUGGGUUCUCCAUCAGUUUCCCUUGUGUAUGUGGUGAAGAAUCAGGACACAGAACUGAAUGGAACCAUCUCCAGUGGCCUCCUCAACCAAUUGACUGCUGAGCUGGUCGGCUACUUCUUGUUCUACCCGCCAUUGGUUAUUGCUGAGCCCCUCGAAUACCACAAUCUGAACACGUCCACAGCGACCAGGAACUACUGGGUUAUAACAGUGAUCCAGGACGUGGACAGGUCUUCCCUGGAGGCCAACUACCAGAGCUUUGCCAAUUUGAUGGAGCAGCGCUUAGCUGAGCUCUUCCAUGUGGCUGGCAGGCAGGGUUCUCAAACUUUGCGAUCCAGGCGCGCAACUUCAGUGGGGGCCUUCACCGUACAGAUGGUGAGCAUGCGUCGGCUGCCUGGUCCCAGGAACUCAGCAGAGAUGACAUAUUAUGCACUGUUGAACGGAGCGGCCAUGACUGGAACUACUGCCGCCAAGACGCUGAGUAGUUUGGACUCCCAGACCAUGGCAUUGACUCUAGGCUACUUUGUACAAGUGCAAGCUGAACCUGUGGUGAAGAUGCCACCGAGCAACCUGUGGAUCAUGGCUGUUCUCACGCCUCUAUGCUUGUUGAUGGUGGUAAUCGGCAUGGUGGUCUUCAUCCUCUGUAAAAGGAACAGGGUCAUCUUCAAAGCAGGCGCUUUCAGAAACUUCAAGAGUCGCACUAAGACUUCGUAUCGGCGGGAGGGCAGUUACCACCACCAGCCUGUGCAGGGUUUUGAUUAUGCCAAAAAGCACAUGGGUCGAAACGGUGACGAGGCCAUCUCUUUGAAAAAGGAGACAUUGGUGUUGGGACUGCCUGUGCGAGAUGCCCCGCUGUCAAUGUCAUUGGAUAAGAAGGUCUACCAGGACGGGACUGCCAACAAGAGGCCGCCAUCUGCCGACAUACACAAAGGAGGGCGGUUGCCAAGCGAGGAUGGUUCAAUGUCGAGUAACAGCUCCGGGAAGCUGAACGCCAGCAAGAGCUCCUCAGCCCGGAAGACGGCCACUGGUGGCAGCUGCAAGAACGGCAAGGAGGAUCUGCACAAGAGAAACACCAAUGACCCAUAUGAAGAUCAUACAGGAUCUUUACGGCUUAUAACCAUCAAACCCUUGACAGCACAGCCAACGUAUUCCUACCCCUUAUCCUCGUCUCACAGCCAAGACUCUGUCAUCGUUAAUGGCGAGGCCAAUCAUGGCGGGCUUAAGCCAAAGUCUGACAUCGAACACUACAGAAACAAACUGCGGCAGAAAGCCCGUAGGAAGGGUUACGGAGAGUUCUCCCUUUCGGAGAGUGGGAGCCAUGGAUAUGGUCGGCACAGUCGACAUAACAACGGAGUUAAGGAACCAAUGACAGCCGAGGAGAAGAGGGCCUCCUUCGCCGGAUGUCAUAAAAGGUACUCCCAUCCACGGGAGCCCGCUUAUUGGAGCAGGCAGUCUCUGAGCAGCCCCAGCCCAGUGGAAACAGAGAUGGACCUUCUGGUUCUAAGAGAGCGAUCUAGGCGGGGCAUCCGCAAUAACGGCUAUGAUGGUGAACCCGAGCCGUACGAGGAGACCAAUGUGGACCGUCUGAUGAGCUCUCUUGGUUAUGGAGGUGGAUCUACUGGCACCGGGAACGGUAGCCUGGGGGUGAAAGCUCACCGCGGCUCAGACUCCUCCACACUCAGCUCCCAGCCAUCCAUUGACGACGUCCGCACACAAAUGAACAUGUUGCUUGGCAACGCCUUCAGCCUGGCACACUCAGAACAUGACCCGCCUUCGCCUCCGACUAAUAGACGCCGCCAUCACCACCACCGUGCCCACAGCGCCUACAAACCGUCCCACAUGGGCCACUAUAGUGAUGGCGUGACCAGCGCACCUGGCACCAUGAACCAUCCCUGUGGAGGCAGGCAAAGGAGCCUGGGAUUUGACGAUUUGCACCAGUGUAGUUUGCCCAAACCGGGUUUCCGGUUCACGCAGCUCCCUGAUAUGGGUAUCGGGUCUCCCCCGCCACUGAUCCCCUCAAGACCAGGACCACUACCUGGACCUCCACUGCCACGUUCUAUUCCCGAUGUGAGCCUGAAACCUCGAGUGUCUGAGGCCUCAGACCUCCAAGCCCAACAGCACAACGGUGUUCCCUACCUGCCAUUGUCCAGGACCACCUUCCCUGCUGUUACUGUUGACCAGUCCAUCAGCACCUACUCAGGAAACCCAAUAACAGCAGUGUACGCAAUAUCAGCCAACCAACCAGGUUACUCUGACUACUUCGUCAUGUCGCCUCCAUCUUCGUACCGUAGUCCAUCCUGGAUGUCCUACCCGCCUGAGCCAGAAGACCUUCCACAGCAGUGGAACGACACCCCGAGCUCACGACACCUUGAAACUAUCUGCUGAAGUCCCGCGCCAUCGAGCUUUGUGUUUGUUUGGGUGGGAAGAUGACCUCUCUGUCUAAAGUUGUUCAAUUCAAGCGGAGGUUCCACUAUCUGGAACCACAUCCCAGAGACUUUCUUCUCCCCCACUUGGUCCGUCCUCACGGCCCCUCGCAGAUCUUCUUCAGUUUGCUUACCAACAGCCAUAUUUGUCUGAGACCCUGACCUAUACCCUUGGUUCCUACGUGGUGAGCACUGUACAGAACAACAACAAAAACUCCCUCAACGUGCUAUACUAUCUGGCGCUUGAAUAGCGCGAAGCCGUGCCUCGCAGUGUGUCCAGCUCACCGUCACGGCCCCCCUGCCCAGCACGGGACAGCACAUCCAGUCCAGUCCCCAGCACAGACCAGUAUCCUGGUCCACUUAUUAAACUGACACACAUAGGACUGGGCCAUCCUGGGCUUGACCCCGACUGACAUAAAACUGUGCUUUCUUUCUUUUGAUCUUUUUUUAGAAGAAUCUAAAUGUCUGUGUAAACCUUCUGCCACUAGUUAGUGUGUAAUUGAAACUCAAGUCAAAAAAAUGGAAAGAAAAGAAAAAAAAAAAAGAAAAAAUAUUUUCUGUCAAAUUUUUGGGUUUUAUACAUGUGCUUUUGUCUUUACAUUUGUGCAUUGACUACUGGAAACAAGUGGUUUUCUUUUCUUUCACUCGCCAUAUUUCAAAGCAAAAAAAAAAACAUUGGUAACACUUUAGUUUGGGGAACAUAUUCACCAUUAAUUAGUUGCUUAUUAACAUGCAAAUUAGUAACAUAUUGGCUCUUAAUUCGUCACUAUUAAGUACUUAUUAAUGCCUUAUUCUGCAUGGCCUUAUUAUACAAUUAUACAUUACUAACCCUAACCCUAACCAAAUAUCUACCUACUCAGUGGCCUUGUGGUUAGAGUGUCCGCCCUGAGAUUGGUAGGUUGUGAGUUCAAACCCCGGCCGAGUCAUACCAAAGACUAUAAAAAUGGGACCCAUUACCUCCCUGCUUGGCACUCAGCAUUAAGGGUUGGAAUUGGGGGUUGAAUCACCAAAAAUGAUUCCUGGGCGUGGCCACCGCUGCUGCCUACUGCUCCCCUCACCUCCCAGGGGGUGAUCAAGGGUGAUGGGUCAAAUGCGGAGAAUAAUUUCGCCACACCUAGUGUGUGUGUGACUAUCAGUGGUACUUUAACUUUAACAAAUAUCUCUAAAUUAAGUCUUUGUUACUUAGAAUAUGUGCCCCAUACCAAAGUGUUACCAAAACUUUAAAACAGAAACAUUUCUGUACUUUGUUUACUGUUUUUAAUGUAUGUGGAACAGUGGGGAAAAAAAUGAAUUACUCCCAAGUUUGUCAGUCAUUUUGCUCAGCAAUUUUUGUUGGCAUCGGCAUCGUCGUUUUUUGGCCCAGUCGGCUUUGAAGUGAUGACCUGCCACAAUUUUAAGUAUUUUUUUCAGAUAAAUGCCAAUUUACUUGAAAGCUGUCUGCCGUAUUCUACGGCAUAAAGACAUUUUUGAUUAUUUAUGUCUUGAAGAGGGGACUAUUGAGACGGAUUAUUAGUCACUGCACUAAGUAUUGCUGUUCAAGUCACCUGCUGGUAACGACCAGGCUGUGUGUGUGUACCAUGUCCAUGUACUUCUGUAUAUAGCAGAUGAUUUAUUGAAGAUAUUUAUGCAAGUUGUGCAGGAGGGGAAUUUUCUUGACAUUGUUCUGAUGACUUGUUUCUUUCACUGCAUUUUUGAUGCGGCCAUUGACAUCUGUGAAGGCUUUACACCAUUUUCAGAAACGUUUCGACCCAUUGUAUUAUUACUCAAAAACACCACCGUCAUCAUAAAAGGAAAUCUGGACCACAGGGACGUGCGGCGGAAGUUUUGCCCGCGAUGCAUCCGUUCGCUGCAUUUCCAACGUUUGAUCGAGCAAAUAUAGCCAUACGAGUCAAAGUAUUGCAAUCUUUUGUACAAGAAUGUCAAAGUCGAAGUAUUUACGCUAUUGCCUCUCGAGAGACGUGGACACUUUAGUACUCUGUGUAUGGUUUAAAGAGCUCCGGAUCACAGAGACGGUCGCCAAAGGAGAAAAUAGCCAUAUAUACAGUAAAUACAUUUGUUUUGCCAAGGGGAAGUCAAACAGCUAAUAUGUACAAUGUUUUCUCAGCCAAUGUUACCAAAAGAAAGAGGGCUUGGAAUGCUCUCUUGAGAGUUUAUGUAGAACAGACACAACUAAUAGAUAGUAUACCAUAAAGUUAGCACUUAAUAAAAGCUAUUGUAUAGCAUUCAAAUUCUAAAGGAAAUCUUAUACGUAAGUGUCAUAAUAUUAUUUGCACAUCUUUUUAGCUAAACCGAGUGUUCACUUUACAAUGUAAAUCCUCUACAACAUACAAAUUACAUCUAAAAUCCUUCUUACAGUAUGUCCAAGAAUCAGUCCACAGAAAUUUGAAAGUUAUAAAAAAUAGUCUUUUGUUUCAUUUUCAGGCCUUUGCAUGAUCUAUAAAAUAUGUGGAUCAAGUUGCCGAUUGAUGCUAUCCCUGCUUUGAAUCAUGAAUCAAUAAUACGUAGAUAACCAUUGCCACUCAUAAACAUUUCAUCAGAUUUCAUUAAAAUAUAAAAAACGAAAUAAAAGGGCGGAAAUGCUCUUGACAAAGUAAUUUCAGGACGGAGACUUGACGCGAUGCUAUGAUAAGUUGUUGUGCAAUGUUUGUGCUUUAUUCUGGAUGUGGCGAGAUGCGUUUAUUGAAGAUGGACUCUGGGAUGUCUUUUUUUAUUUCCUUAUUUGCAAAUGUCUUUUUGCUAUGGUGUCACCCUUAUGGUGACGGCGACAACAUAGAAUGCUGUUAGAUAUAGUUGCAGAAAAGUUUUGGUGAAUUUCAACAAUAAAGAUGAAUUACAUUUA